AUGUCUACCGCCGAAGAGCUCUUGCGGGACUUUGAGGAGGAUGACGAGAAUUUCCAGGAUAUCCAAGAUGAUCAGGAGGAUGAACGGAUGGAGGAGGACGUCGAUGAGGAGCAGCAGCCAAAAACCGGUCCUGAAGCCACCAACGAAUUCGAAGUUGCCAUCUCAACCGGUGACGAACUGACACGUCUACACAAAGUUUUGCGUGAUCAUUAUUCGAUUCGGUUUCCGGAACUAGAGACUCUCGUUACAAAUCCUAUUGACUAUGCUAAGACUGUUGCUAUCUUGAAAAAUGGCCCCCUCAACGAUAUCAAAGCCCUCUCAACGUCGGCCGACAACAUGGUCGGCACUCCGCUGAAGUCGAUCCUGGACGGCCCGUCUCUGAUGGUUGUUGCUGUGGAGGGCACUACCACUCGUGGGCGUGAAAUGACGCCGGUGGAACUGAAGACCGUCCUGGACACAUGCGAGAAGAUUCUGAAGCUGGACCGAGAGCGGACCGCGCUCACGGAGAGCAUCCAGUCUCGCAUGAGCCAGAUUGCCCCGAACCUGGCUGCUCUCAUCGGUCCGGAAACGGCCGCUCAAUUCUUAAAUCAGACUGGAGGACUACGCGAACUUGCCAAGAUCCCCGCGUGCAACCUGGGUGCUCAGGGAAACAAGAGAAAGGAAGGGCUUGGCUUUGCUACGAACAUUGGCAUCCGGUCACAAGGAUUUCUCUACAACUCGCCCCUUAUACAAGGCAUUCCCAACGACUUGAAGCGACAAGCAAUCCGGAUUGUCUCCGCCAAGAUGGUCCUUGCUACGCGCGCAGACGUUUCUAAUUAUAGCCCCGAUGGGUCACUGGGCGAGGAUUUAAAACAGCAGUGCUUCCAGCGACUGGAGAAAUUGACGGAACCCGCGCCAAACUCUGGAGGCAAGGCGCUCCCAGCACCGGAUGAUAAGCCAUCCCGCAAGAGAGGUGGACGAAGGGCUAGAAAGGCCAAGGAAGCCAUUGCCAUGACGGAGAUUCGCAAGGCCCAGAAUCGCGUUGCAUUCGGCAAGGAAGAAGCGGAGGUCGGAUAUGGUACGGGCGAAGGCACAGUUGGGUUGGGUAUGCUCGGUCAACAGAAUGACGGACGCAUUCGUGCUACUCAGAUCGACCAGCGGACGCGAGCAAAACUCAGCAAAUCCAACAAGGGAUGGGGUACUGCAACGCCCGCCAGCGGCACGGCUUCGUCUUUACGUGGGUUUGGCCAAGGAGGUAUGGGAGGGACGGCGAGCGUUCUUCAAGCGAAGGGUCUCCGAGCUUCAGGCAUUGGUACUUCGUUGGGCGCAGGCUCUGCCGGUACCGCGAGUACCAUUGCUUUCACUCCCGUGCAAGGGCUUGAGCUAGUUGACCCCAAGGUACAGGCGGAAUUGAGCCGGAAACGCAAGGCAGAGGAAGACCGGUGGUUCAAGUCGGGUACAUUUACGCAGGUCGGAAAUAGCCAGAGCAAUAACAAUUCCACUCAGGUAGACAGCGGAGGAUUCAAGGUCCCGGCAUUGCCUGCCAAAAAAAAGACCGACACGGGUGAAAGCAAAAUGGCACCGCCACCACCGCCGCAGAAGGGAUAA